UUCCUUAGUCUCACUUUCUUUCCCUUUGACCACUCGCACUCUUUCUGUCUCCUACAUUCUCUCUCCUAAACUCCACUUCAAUGGAAACACAGUUGCUUAGCAUUAGCUCUGCUUCAAUGGAGGCUUCUAUCUCCUCUUUACUGGAAUCUCUCAAGGUUGAGCUUGUUCUUGCUUCUCUUCAAUCUCUUGCCUUUAUCCAGAGAUUUCUUCUCCUUUCUUUGACUGCUGAACAUCUUGCAGACAAUGAGCUUCUCAAGAACAAAUGGAUUUCCCUGUCUGAAGUUUACAAAGUAAAGAAAACUGAAGAUGAGGCCAAGGAUGCGAGUGACUCAGACAACGACGAUGAGGAUGAAGAUGAUGAGGAUGCUGGCGAUGAUGAUGACGACGAUGAUGAAGACUUUUCAGGAGAAGAAGAUGCAAGUGACGAUGAAGGAGAUCCAGAGGAUGAUACGGCGGCCAAUGGUGGUGGGGGAAGCGGUGAUGACGACGACGAUGAUGACGAGGACGAUGAUGACGACGACAAUGAUGAAGAAGAGGAAGAAGAAGAAGAUGAUGAUGAUGAUGAAAAGCAACAGCCUCCGCAGAAAAAGAAGAAGUGAGAUGAGAUGACAUGGAUGGGGAUGUUGUAUUUUACUCUUCUCUUCUCUCAUUCAGGUAUUGUGAUUGGUUGGGCUUUGGUUUCUAUUUAGGAUUAUGGUAGACUAAGUUAGUUUGUAUUGUUUUCAUGGUAGUUUAAAGGUUGUUUAUGUUAGACGGGGGAGAUUAUUCGUUGUCCUUUGAUGAAUGAUCAAAUUUCUCUUCAUUAGGCGUUUUUUAGCGUGUGA